CGAAAACAUGCAUGAAGUCGAAAACAGUAAUGCAAUUCAAGCAGUGCCACAUAAAUUUUGUUAUAGGACAUAUAUGUUCUGCAUUUAUUUAUUAUGAUCAAUGGUCGUGUCUUGAUCUCAACAUGUCCAGCCCUCAACCUAUAAGGAAACAAGUUUUCCAUUGUCAUCAAACGCAAGCGAUAAUGAAAUCCUCAGUUGCACUCGUAUGUGUCCUUCUAUACGCCACAGUUUCACUCGCAUCCCAGCAAGAAGAUCAGAAGCUAACAGCAUACGAUGUUCUAGAACAGUACGAUUUUCCAGUGGGUCUUCUUCCCAAGGGUGCAACCGGGUAUGAGCUUGACGCAAAGACGGGUCAGUUCACUGCGUAUUUGAAUGGAACUUGCAGCUUCAGCAUUGAAUCUUACGAGCUCAAGUACAAAUCCACCAUCAAGGGAGUGAUCUCGAAAGGUAGGUUGGCGAAGCUGAAGGGUGUGAGUGUCAAGGUUGCACUCUUGUGGCUUAACAUCGUUGAGGUCACUCGUAACGAUGAUGAACUCCAAUUCUCCGUUGGUAUUGCCUCCGCCGACUUUGCCGUCAACAACUUUCUCCAAUGCCCCCAGUGUGGAUGUGGAUUCGAUUGCAACAAUUCCCGGGAAAACAAUGGUGAUGUAGUUUCCUCCAUUUAGUUUUUAUUCGUAAUAUGCAGAACUAUAUCUUUCCGGUGCGUUUUUUUUGGUCAGGGUUCUGUUGCUUUAAGUAUGAUAAAGUGUUUUGCAUUUUUAUUCUCUUUUUUUUUUGUGGCAACCCACAAAAUAUAGACUGUUAGCCAAAAACAUAACAUAUUGGGCCUUUGGCACAUAUGAAAACAAAAAACAGAAUAACCCACUUCGUUUAGUUGUGUAACCAAUUCUCUCUUCAUUUAAGUAUUAUGAUUUAAAUUCUA